ACUCCCAAGCCCGUGCUCUUUCCACUAAGCCACGCUGCUUCUCAGCAAGCCCAACACAGCCUACGGGGAAGAGAGCGCAAUGUGACAUCACAUACUCGACUAACGGGACCUGAAGAAACCAAGCCCUACAUUCUGAGGGGAAACAGCCCCUACCCGGGAGUCGCCCAGUCCGGCCCCGAUCCCGCCAUGAGCCCCGGGCCACUGUGGUUGGUGGUCAUUUGUCUCCUAAGAGCAGGGCCCGCGGACGCCGGUGUCACCCAGACCACCAGACACCUGGUCACAGGCCGGGGACAGAACGUGACCCUGCGUUGUAAACCCAUCACUGGACACCCAUAUGUGUACUGGUACCAGCAGCAGGCGGGCCGGGGGCUGCAUUUCCUGAUUUACUUCCAGAACUCGAAAACAAUGGACGAAUCAGGGCUACCCAACGACCGCUUUUCAGCUACGAACCAGGAUUCGUCUUCGAAGCUGUCAGUCCAGAACGCUGAACCUGGAGACUCGGCACGGUAUUUCUGUGCGAGCAGUGUCUCCACAGCGCUGGGGCCCCGGCCCUGCUCCAUACACAAACCUCCCGCCUGCACCAAGAGAGUUGGUCGGUGGGAGAGCACGAGGGGAGGACUCGGAGGGAGGGGGAUGAAGACUUCAGCUAUUCCCACGGAGAAAAGUGCUGCUGACAGUGUCUUCCUCCUCCAGCAUCCUCUGCGCCCCUUCCGUUUCAGCAAGGUUCUCCAGGGCUACCGGAUGGCGGCAGUUCCAGGGCAAGGCCCCCAGAUGCUCUUCUCCUUCUACUAUAAGGAAGAGCGAGAGAAAGGAGACCUUCCCAAGAGAUUAGCCACUGAGCAGCCAGACGCCUCUCCCCUGCGCCUCACGCUCCUAUUGCGAUUUUUGCCAGUCAAACUGUACUGUCCCGCAGCUGCGGGCAGGAAUCCCUCUCUCCACACCCCCUCUUCCUAUGGGGAGGCUCCCCUACACGAGGGAUCCAUCAGCGACCUGCUGUUGCCUCCUGGAUUCUAA